AUGGCGCAGAGCACCGCCGGCCCUCUCCCUACCGUUCAGGCAGGCCUAAGGGAGGCCCUGCUGGAGACGCUGAGCGGUAUUCUGUCCCCGGGACAUGAGGUGCGGGCAGCGGCGGAGGAGCAGCUGAAAGUGCUAGAAGUGACAGAGGAGUUCGGGGUACAUUUGGCUGAGCUGACAGUUGACCCACAAGGUGCCCUGGCCAUUAGACAGCUGGCAUCUGUGGUUUUGAAGCAGUAUGUUGAAAAUCAUUGGUGUGCUCAGUCAGAGAAGUUCAGAUUGCCCGAGACUACUGAAAGGGCAAAGGCAGCAAUCCGUUUGUUGCUUCCUCGAGGUCUGCGGGAGUCAAUAAGUAAAGUACGUUCCAGCGUUGCAUAUGCUGUGUCUGCAAUAGCACACUGGGAUUGGCCUGAAGCCUGGCCACAGCUUUUCAAUUUGCUCAUGGAAAUGCUAGUGAGUGGUGAAGUCAGUGCUGUUCAUGGUGCUAUGAGAGUUUUGACAGAGUUCACUAGAGAAGUGACAGAUACACAGAUGCCCUUGGUUUGCUCCUGUCAUCCUGCCAGAGAUGUAUAAGAUCUUCACUAUGAGUGAUGUUUUAUAGCAUUCGAACUCGAGCCCGAGCUGUUGAGAUCUUCACUACGUGCGCACAUAUGAUCUGUACUAUGGAAGAACUGGAAAAGGGUGUUGCGCAUGCUUUGAUCUUUCCUGUAGUGCAGCAGUUUACAGAGGCAUUUGUGCAGGCUCUGCAAUUGCCUGAUGGUCCUACCUCUGACAGCGGCUUAAAGAUGGAAGUAUUAAAGGCUGUAACUGCGCUAGUAAAGAAUUUUCCUAAGCACAUGGUGUCAUCAAUGCAGCAGAUUCUACCUAUUGUAAUGGAAUACGCUGACUGAGAGUGCUGCUUUUUAUGUCAGAACUGAAGUAAAUGAUACAGAAGAUAUAGAGGACCCUGUGGAUUCUGAUGGUGAAGUUUUAGGAUUUGAAAAUCUGGUGUUUAGUAUCUUUGAGUUUGUGCACACCUUGCUAGAGAACAAGUUUAAAGGGACAGUGAAAAAAGCUCUUCCAGAGUUGUUCUACUACAUUAUACUCUACAUGCAAAUCACAGAAGAACAGAUAAAGGUGUGGACUGCAAAUCCUCAGCAGUUUGUUGAAGAUGAAGACGACGACACAUUUUCAUACACUGUUCGAAUAGCUGCCCAGGAUCUUUUGCUAGCAGUAUCCAGUGAGUUUCAAAAUGAGAGUGCAGUCGCACUUGCUGCUGCUGCUACACGUCAUCUGCAGGAGGCCGAACAGAUAAAGAGCCAAGGGGCAGAGCACUGGUGGAAGAUACACGAGGCUUGCAUGCUGGCCUUGGGCUCAGUGAAGUCUGUAAUUAUAGAUGGUGUGCAAAGUGGACGAGUUCAGUUUGACAUGCCUGGCUUCUUAACUGGUGUCAUUCUUGCAGACCUUAAUCUUUCAGUUUCUCCUUUUCUCUUGGGACGUUCGCUUUGGGCUGCCAGUAGAUUUACAGCUGCAAUGUCACCAGAGCUGAUACAGCAAUUUCUUCAAGCCACAGUCAGUGGGCUGCAUGAUAACCAGCCACCCUCAGUAAGAAUAUCUGCCGUCCGAGCUAUCUGGGGAUACUGUGAUCAGCUGAAGAUGAUCUCUGAAAGCACUCAUGUGCUCAGCAGCCAUUCUUGCCCAGUGUGGUUGAUGGACUUAUCCACCUGGCAGCACAAUUCACUUCUGAAGUUCUUAAUCUGGUAAUGGAAACACUCUGCAUUGUCUGCAGUGUGGAUCCAGUGUUUACAGCCAAUGCUGAAUCCAAAAUCUGCCCUUUCACGAUCGCUAUUUUCCUCAAGUAUAGCAAUGAUCCUGUUGUCGCUUCUUUGGCUCAAGACAUUUUUAAAGAGCUUGCUCAGAUAGAGGGAUGUCAGAGUGCCAUGCAGAUGAGGCUUAUUCCCACUUUGGUCAGCAUAAUGCAGGCUCCUUCUGAGAAGAUCCCAAGUGGUCUCUGUGCGACUUCAAUUGAUAUUUUGACCACAGUUGUGAGGAACACAAAGGCACCGCUCUCAGAGCUUCUAAUCUGUCAGGCCUUUCCUGCCGUGGCCCAGUGUACCCUACGUACGGAUGACAAUACCACCAUGCAGAAUGGUGGCGAAUGUCUUCGAGCCUACGUUUCUGUUGCAUUGGAGCAGAUUGCACAGUGGCAGGAUGAACAAGGACAUAGUGGUCUUUGGUAUGUUAUGCAAGUAGUUAGCCAACUAUUGGAUCCUCGCACGUCUGAAUUCACUGCAGCAUUUGUGGGGCGCCUUGUCUCUACCCUAAUUUCUAAGGCUGGACGUGAACUGGGAGAAAAUCUAGACCAAAUUUUGCGAGCUAUCCUUAGCAAGAUGCAGCAAGCAGAAACACUUAGUGUCAUGCAGUCAUUAAUUAUGGUGUUUGCACAUCUAGCAAACUCUCAACUGGAGCCUUUGCUUGAGUUCCUUUGUAGUCUGCCUGGCCCAACUGGUAAACCAGCCCUAGAGUUUGUAAUGACAGAGUGGAUGAGUCGACAACAUUUGUUCUAUGGGCAAUAUGAAGGCAAAGUCAGUUCAGUCGCUUUGUGCAAGAUUCUCCAAUAUGGUAUUACAAUGGAUGACAAGAGACUACAGGAUAUUAAAGUAAAGGGAGAUGAAAUAUUUGAUAUGGAAGAAGGAAUUCGCACCAGAUCUAAAAGUUCCAGAACUCCACAACGUUUUACAACCAUACCCCUACUGGUUAAGAUCUAUAAACUGAUAAUUAAUGAGCUGUCAAGUGUAAUUGAAGCUAAUGCUACAAGGCAGACUGAAGAUGAAUGGGCCCAGGGUAAUGGAGAUGAUACAAAUGAUAUGUGGGAAGAUGAAGAAGAUGAAGAUGAAGGUUUGGCCGGACAACUGUUAUCAGAUAUUAUAUCCAGCAAUAAAUAUGAUGAUGAUUAUUAUGAAGAUGAUGAGGAAGAUGACCCUGAUGUUCUCAAAGACCCAUUGUACCAAAUAGAUUUACAGACAAAUCUGACAGAGUUUCUGCAGCAAUUUGCCCAACAACCAUGUUUUUUUUCCGCAUUCUCUGAACACUUAAAUGCCAACGAACGUCGAAUCCUUCAAUCAAUAGGCAUAUGA